CAGGUUGGUUUAGCGAACUUGCUUUUAACUUUAGAUUCCAGUUUCAUGCCUACUUCCUUACUUUUUUUUUUUUUUUUUUUAUGGGAAAUUACCCAACAUCUCAGCGUCACACGUGAUGAAUGUCGGCUCGGUGCCCUGAUUACCCAAGUAUAAAUCACGGUCCAGGAGGGUAAGAAGUAAAGUAAUUGCAUGCUCCGUGUGUUUGUGGCAAGGACGUUCUUUAGGAAGGAAUGUCACUAAAAUCAUUUUCUGCUUGCGUUUUGUCCUGUAUGGAGACGGACAUGAUAAUGAAAUCAUCAGCUUAAUAUCUUUGGGUAAGUUACGGACAUGAUAAUGAAAUCAUCAGCUUAAUAUCUUUGGGUAAGUUAGAUCAGUCGUAAUUCCAAGAGGAGCAGUGGGCCAGUGUGGAAUCAAUAAUUUGGCGAGAGCAUGGUGCAUUUGUUGGCAUAUAACAGUCUCUGCUUUUUAAUAGAUUUUAGAAAUGUGCCAUGAGAGAGGAAGCAGUCCAACAUCUUCAUAAACCUCAGUUUCACUUCAGCAGUGUGCUCUAAUAUGCGGCGGGGAUCUUAUUUGUAAUAAAACCCAUACAUUGCUGUUGCUGGUGAAAUACAAAAAGACAAGCUGUCUGUAGAAUCACAGGUAUUAAAGGGAAGUUGAAGUGAAAAUGGAUUUUAUUUUAUUUUUAUAUUGCUACGGACUCAUUAGUGACCUCAUUAAGACACAGUUCUUAGUUUUUGUCUUCCAUCAAAAUACUCCCCCCCAAUACAUCAUUUAAUUUUUAUAUCACUAUGCACCAACAGGCAAAGGGGAAAAAAUGUCAAUUAUAUUAUGCUACGCCUCAUCUACCACACACAGUUGAAAAUGCUGAUCUUUUUUCAGUUGGGGAAAGAAAAAUGCUGCGUAUUAUUAUCCUUUGUCUUGAAGAAGUCUAUUUUAUUUUUCCCUCUAACCCUGAAUAAUUGACCUCAGCCCAAAACCAGCUUCAUACAUGUCAACCUAUACGGAAUGUCCGUAUUUUAUACGGGUUUGAUUCAAUAAACGUAGUAUACGGGCGUAUAAAUAAAAUUAUACGGAUUCUUUAAAAAAACUUCAAUGUUUAUUUAGAGCUAUAAUCAAUUCCCACGAUGAUAAGAGAGCGCAUAACAUUUACAAACGUACUGUACACCACAGAAAGCACAGACAGCCAGUAAAGAGUCUUAUGAAAUCGCGCGUUAUCUUGUGGUAGCGAGACUUCGUUCCACUUUUGAUCAUGCGCACACCGCACUGCGAGAAUCCCGCCAACCGGGAAGUAACAUUUUGUUUGAAACGCGUAUUUCCACCUGAGUGACUUUCACUAGCGACUGAAAAGAUUCUGAAUGGGCACUCCGGCAAGAUCAACACAGACACUUGCUGUGACAUGCAGCCUAGUGAGGUAUUGGUGCAGACUGCUAAAAAAAAAAAAAAAAGCUGUCAUGGAGUACAAUUCAGAACAUUAGUGUGACACUUUGUGUUUUUGUCAAACAUUGGAGCUUUGUAUUCAUUCUGAAGGUUUGUUAUUAAUAUUGAAUAAAAAGUAACUGGGAUAUAUCAUUCAAAUUUUAGGAAAAUUAUUUUAAUUUGCAUCUUAUACGAAUUUUAUAAGGGAAAUACGGAUUUCGGAGGUUGGUUAUACAGGUUUGAUUGACCAAAGGUUGACAUGUAUGCAGCUUACUGCUGAUCAGUUACACAUUUCAAAUACCUUUGUGACAUCAUUGUUCAAAAAGUCGCUCGAUAAUGAAAGUCUACCAGCAAAGUAAAAAUCAACUGAACCGAGUACGUUAAUGCUAAAUGUGUGUGCAAGAACGAAAGGACAAGGUAAUGAUUAUUGUAGCUGGAAUCAGCCCACGGGUGGAAUGCAGCAGGAGGCCAUAACAAGUCAAAUGUUUAGUCUGCACACUUGUUUCCCCUCUCAGUUGCCUGCUGAAUAGGGUCUCCUAUCCACAUCUAUAGGAUUCCGCAGUAUAGAAUAAAAGUGAUUACAAGGAUGCGUUAAAUUAUACAUGUUUCACUGAUACUGCAUUACUUACAACCUCUGGGGGGAAAGGGUACUAAACUGUACUUUUCCUCAUACUUUUACCUAUAAAGGUGCACGUAGUGUGACUUUAAUUUUGGUCCAUAUACAGGGUGUCCUGAAAUCUGGAUCCAUAGGCAUUUUUCCUUAUAUGAAACUUAAAGCUAGGCCGCCUUUCAGACUUUUCAAGUGUAGGUCAUAAAAAGAAUUUUCCCCCAGACACCCUAUUAUUUUUGUUUAGUGGACCGAAAGCUACUGCAUUCGAAUCACAGACUUCCAAUUUUAUUAUUUCUUAAAUAGGACAGUUAAUGAAUUUAAGGCCACGUGGCCCUAAAUUCUCCGCUAUUUUUUCCUGCUUCACCAUGACCCAAUUCAAGAUACGAUGUCAUGCAUCACGUGGUGGGCUUUCCCAGUUCGUACAAGGCAUUGUGGGAUACAAAUUUGAAACGGGAGAGAAAAAUGGAGGGCGCAAGUGUGCGAAUGAAACAUCAAAGAACGACUACGGUAACGGAAAGUGAGAAGCAAAGACAUUAUGUUGCGAAGGAAAGGAAACGCAGGACCAAACUAAUAAAUAUCGGCGGUCAGCGAGCACCUCGGUGCGAUCAGCUGUUCGUUUAGCGACAGAAUGAUGGAACUGUCAGUGCAUGGUCAAAGGUAAACCUGUAGAUGGCAGUAAUGCAACACUGUGGAUGUUUUCAUGUUCUCCCCGUGUCAGCAUGGGUUUCCUCUGGGUGCUCCGGUUUCCCCACAGUUCAACGACAUGCAGUAGGUUAACGUGGGGCGGCCUUGGGCUGAAGUGCCCUUGAGCAAGGUGCCUGACCCCUGACUGCUCCCCGGGCGCUGUAGUGUGGCUGCCCGCUGCUCUGGGUGUGUGCGCGUGCGUUCACUGCUUCAGAUGGGUUAAAUGCAGAGGAUGAAUCUCACUGUGCUUGAAGUGUACAUGUGACAAAUAAAGGUUAUUUCUUCUGGAUGCCAGCUGCUGUAAAACCCAAAAGAAGAAGGAAAAGAAGGUGGUAAACCUGCGCACAUGGACUUCCUCUGUCUGCUUGACUGCACGAACUGAGUGAUUUCAUGCAGAUUAUUUGCUCGGGAAUCCCCUCAAAUUAAAUAACGUCCCAGCCACAGAAUGGCCUGUUUUUUUUUUUUUAAAGAUAUUACAGAAAUAAACAUAUCACAAUGACCAAGUUUCAUUGGGAACUAAAUUUCACCGCUUUUAUGAAAUUGAAAAGCCGUCUAGCUUUACUAUUUUUCUUUCUAUUUCAGAUCCAAAAUGGCUUUGAAACUAACAAGAGUAGAUUUGAAAUGAAGUUGUUCUCAGAUAUGCAAGACAGGAUUCUUUAGAGAGUAUUUGUUGUGAUUUAAAUAAUUGCCUAUGGAUCCAAUUUUGGGACACCCUGUGUAUGUAACUUAAGUUAUUUUUAAAAAACACUAACAUUUGUAGAUGAAAUAUAUACCUUUGAGGUUACCACCCCAGUGACAAGAAAAACUACAGUUUUAUACUUUUCCCCUCAGAAUUUCAGUUUUCAUUUCAUGAUAUUUACAUCGACUAUGUGUGUCAGCAACUUACAACAUGGCGCCUUUUGUUUGAACCAAGCCGUUUCUCAAGUGACCAAAAAUAUUGUAACAUAUAUGAGUGACAGGUGUUUCUUGUUGCCCAGAUGUGCCCUGUUAGAAUGGCUGUUUACCCAGUUAACAGCUCUGAAUGUCUUCUCUUGGUAUGAGCCCUGGGUUUCACCUGUGAAGACUGCAUUUUUUGUUAAAAAAAAUGGAUAAACCAUAAUGAAGACCAGAGAGCCAACUAUGGGAGAAAAGAGAGAAAAGUAAUCAGGCAUUGCACAAGCAUUGGGCAUAGCUAAUACAACAAUUUGGAAUGUCCUGAAAAGGAAAGAAACCUCUGUUAUGCUAACAAUCAGAUGUUGAACAGGUCGGCCAAUGAAAAAAGUUGAUGACAUUAUGAACAACAGUCAACCACAUCACCAACAACCUCCACAGGGCAGGUGUAAAGGUAUCACAAUCCCCCGUUCAAAGAAGACUUCAAGAGCAGAAAUAUAAAGGUCAUACCACAAGAUGCAAACCAUUCAUUUCAUUAAGAAUCAAAAAUCCAGAUUGGAACUCGCAAAGAAAUACGGAGAUGAGCCACGAAAGUUCUGUAACCCAAAUUUAACCUCUACCAAAGUGAUGGAAAGUCCAAAGUGUGGAGAAAGAAAGGAUCAUCUCAUGAUCCAAAACAUCUGAGCUCACUGGUCAAGCACAAUGGAGGUAGUGUCAUGGCUGCAGCUAGAUCUUUAUUGAUGAUGGAACUCAUGAAGGUAGCAGGAGAAUGACUUCAGAAGUCUACAGAAACAAUCUGCCAAUUUACAGAGGAACACGUCCAAUUUAAUUGGGACGAGCUUCAUUGUGCAGCAAGGCAAUGACCCAAAACACACUGCCAAACAACAAAGGACUUCAUCAAGGAGGAAAAAGUGUCAGGUUUUAGACUGGCCAAGUCAAUCAGCAGACCCAACCGAGCAUGCAUUUUACCUCUUGAAGAGGAGACUGAAGGGAGAAGCCACCCCCAUCCUGCCCCAUCCAUUCAAGAGAAUAAUGUAACAGUUUGGUAAUGUCAGCGGAUUGCUAGCUAUGGGACAUGCAACUAAAAAUUAAGUGUUAUUUACUGAAAAUGUAGUGUUUAAUUUACUUUCCGAUACUUUUGCUUACCAAAAAAAAAAAUCGAUGGUCUGCCAACAAAUUUGCCAUGUUCUAAGUUGUUUAACACACCUAGAGGUUAAAUGCCAGAUAACAGAAGCUGAACUUUUGAUCUAUGGUCUCUUAUUAAUCUUUAGAUCUCAAACCCAAAUGUCUUCAAUGUAUAGCAAAAACAAAAGAAUUGGCCUUGGCAUUCCAAUACUUUUGGAGGGGGGGCUGUGUAUAGUCUUAUGGUUUGUAGUAGUGAUCCUUUAGCAAACUGUUCUGUAAGCAGAAGGAAUUUCUCAACAACUCUGUAUGGGGUCUUGCUCAGAAGCACCAGCCAAUCAGAAGCUAGAGAUCUGGAGGCUCUAACUUGGACUGCUAUGCUAGAGCGGACAGGGCAACGUCCAUUCUUCACCAGAAAGACUCCUUGUGAAGACGAAGUCAGCCCAUUGAGCUUUUUAAAUUUUUUUAUUAUUUAUUUAUUUAUUUAAUUAAUUUUUUUAAAUUACAUGCUUUCUUUAGCUUGUAGCACACAAGAAAAUUACCAUUAACUGUGUUUUUAUGUUUGAUUUGGGACUCGGAAACUCAAAGCAAUGGUAAGAAAAGUUUUUUCCUACUUUGUGUUGCUGUAAAAGCUUUCAUUUUAUUCUAAGCUGAACGUGUACAGUCAGAUGUGAGAUUGAAAUAAUACAUGAAUGGUUAGAAAAGAACAGAGGCAUACGUUAGUUUAUUUCAUGGUGGAUUGUGCACUUGAUUAAUUUAUCUUUGAGCACAGGAUUCUCCUGGAUCAGCAAUGGAAAAAUUAUCACCAUUGUGACAAAAAAAAAGAGAGAAAGAUUUUUUUCCCCUCGGUGCACGCUUUGCUUUAAUGCAGCAAAACACCAAUUUAUAUGCUAAUGCAGUCCCAUUAUUAAUGGAAUUCUAGAAACCAUGCUGGUUAUAGUAAUAGUGAAAUCACUGCACAACAAAAUCUCAACUUUAAUUAAAAAUUAUUAUUUAUAAGAUUGGAGGACUUAGAAUUAUUGAUUAUAACCCCCCACCCCAACUCAUUUUCUAAAAUGUUUCUCAUCUUGAGGGAAUGUAAGGUGAAGGAAAUGGGCAUAACAGAUAGACACGCUGUCAUGGAGGAGGCUGCAAACUGCUUUUGUCUUGACACCAGGCCUGCUGCGGUACAUGUCCAUAAAUUAAACCAUCGUAGGACGAGAAGAAGUCAGUCUCCAUCUCGUGAGGUUUCUCCAGUACCAUCAUACUUCUCUGAACCGGUUUCAAUCCGAAAGCGUAAGGAUGUAACUGGCACACUGCCUCAUCUCAUUAAAGGAACACAUCAGGAUGAUGAUGAUGAUGAUGAUGAUGAUAUUCAAAGCUUAAAAAGCCUGCCCAUGGUGAUGAACGCAUUGGCCUCUGAAUCUAAGGUUAACAGGUCACACGCAGGCCUCAAAGGACAAGGCAUCUCUGACUUGAGCCUCCCACUUCUGGUCACGUCCAAAUGCACUCUGGUGGUAAAAGGUACUGGAUGUACGCGCACCAGGGGGUUUCUUCCUGCCAUCAAAUCCACAGUUCUGGAGAGGCCACCAUGCCGAGCUGGAUGCAGGCCAAACAAAGUGGAAAUGGGUUCGACGCAGCAUCCUUGCCUAGCCGGUCUUCCUCAGUAUGCACCUCUCAGUGAGAGCCGUCCUCCUGAAAAGACAUGGCAUAUAAAAGCAAGCUGCCAGCACCUGCCCUCAUCCUCAUCUAACAAAGUGUCCCAGGAUCCCCGAAUCACAUUCCAGAGUCCAGUGGUACAGGGCGUUUACCCCAUCACUCCUGACUUGAUGAAAAAGACCAGACACAAUGUGCAGGCUUGCCAGCCUCUGAGGCCUGUGCGGAAAAGAGCACAGGUGCUGAACAGAGGAACUCUUCACUGCCUUUUAGAGGAAAGCUACCUCCCCUGCUCAAAUGAUUCACAUUUGCUUGAGCCAUUUUCAGGCUUUGAGGAGCCCUAUCAUGCAGCUCUGCCCCACGUCAACUCUCAUCACCUAUUACAGGUAGAAGCCGUGUUGCCUGUGCCCCAGGGGCUGGGCAGUUCCCUGAUGCAGCGCACUGUGCAGCUCUGCAACCCACAAGAGAAACAACUACCCAGCAUCACCAUGACCCGUCCCACACCUUCCCCUAAACGCCUACACAACACUGAAAACAGGCAUGUAGCUUGAGUGCAAGUUUUUCACUGAAAUAAGUAUGACCGCUUUUCUCUUCCCAGUGCCUCACACAGUCUCCUCCAAAAGUAAUGGAACACCAAGGCCAAUUCUUUCGAUUUUGCUAUUUACUGAAGCCGUUUGAGAUCAGAAUAUGAGGCAACAAAUCAGAAUUUCAGCUUUCAUUAGCUGAUAUUUACAUCGAGAUGGCACCUUUGGGGUAAGCCCGUGCAAUCUUUAGGUGAGCAAAUGUAUUGGAACAGAUAGUCUUAAAGUAAAUAACACUUAAUAUUUGAUUGCACAUCCCUUUCUUGCAACAAAUCAACAACCCCAUGACAUCACCAAACUGUUGCGUUCUUCUUUUGUAAAGAAAACUACGCAUUUACAGGCACUUGAUAACCAGGAAAACAAAAAUAGCAUGCAACAGAACAGUGGUGGGUUUCCCAAAAGCCUCUUAAUGCUAAGAGCAUCUUAACUAAGAGAGAGAGUGUUCAUUGUGCUGCUCGCUCUACCAUUUAACGAUGAUCUUUGUGCUACAAUGCUUUUGGGAAACUCGGCACAGAUAGUUAUUUAGCUAUAUAUCAACGUAAUGUCACCCACUAGCUGCAAUCAACAAAGUGUUAGAAAUUGUUAAUUCACUUUAUGUCAUAUAAUUAGUUGAAUUGACCUCAGAAUAAAUACACUUGUUUCUGGAAGGUCGCAGAGUUUGUUAGAUAAAAUAUCGAAAGUAACAGCACCGUGAAAAUGAAAACACAAUAAAAAAAUAAUAAAAAAAAGGCUGGGACAAAGUUCUGGAAAGGUAUCAGUCAGAUUUCAGUUAUGGAAUAUCCCAAAAUCUGAUGCUCCCAUGGAGGACCAUUCAAUCCAUUAUUUAAAAAAAAAAAUGGAAAGAAUAUAGCAGUACCAUGACUCUGCCUCUAGGAGUUGUUCACCAAAAGUCAGUGAGUUGGUAAAUAAGGACCUUCCAGGUUAUAACACUCCAAAAUGUGGAAAAGUUCAGGGGGUGGGGGAUACUUAUGCAAGCCAUUGUCAUCAUUUUCAUCUUCAUCAAACCUUUCAGUGAGCCACUGAUUACUGUGCCCACUGCAUACAUGCUAGAAGAGACACUAUUUCACUGGUAUACAAUGCUGUCGUCUUUCUCAUCAGUAGGCGUAAUUGCCCAUGGUUUUAUUUUACAAUUUCUCUUUUCUAUAUUAGCUAUGCAGGGGAUGAGCUUGCUUUUCCCAUAGUGAAGCAUGGUGGUGGUAGCAUCACGUAGCAUCAUAACUGCCCAUGGUUUUAUUUUACAAUUUAUCUCUUCUACAUUAGCUAUGCAGCAGAAGAUCUUGUAGAACAAAUAAGUCAUAAUUAAGUGACCGAUUCUACAGCUGCAUUUGGAAAACUACUCGCAUAAAUUCCACCUACUUGCCUGGUGCUACUAAGAGUAACACAGGACAGCAUUUAAUCCACCUCUGUGAUAGGUGUAACAAAUGUCGUCACAGCCGUGCUGAGUCGCCAGCAGAGAGAGAACCAGCCUGGGAGUGAGAACACAAAGUUUCUGGCUCAGAACGCUAAACUGUCACAUAAUUAGACAGUUCUGUCCAUUUUUAAUCCAGCCCCAGGAGAUCUUUCUGUAUGGGGCCAUUUCUGUAUUUCAGGCUCAUUGGGACCAGAUGCUCUUUUAGAGGGAACAUUUAGAGUGGCUUGCAUCAGUAUUCACCCCCUUGAACUUGUUCACAUUUUGUAGUGUUAUAAUCUGGAAGUGAAAUAGAUGAAAUUUGGAUUAUGUAUCAUUAAUAUACAUAAAAUAGCAAAUAAUACUGACAUGGUAGGAAAAAUCUAUUUCGUUUGCCAAAAUGUUAAGGGUGAAGGGUAACACUCAGCAUGAUACUACCACCACCAUGCUUCACUAUGCGAACGGUGUUCUCGUUAUGAUGAGCAAUACUGGGUUUCUGCCACAUGUAAAACUUUGUGUCAAGGCCAAAAAUUUGGAUGGAUGAAUGGAUGGAUGGAGAGACGCUUUAGAUGCUUUUCCAGAAUUUUGUCUUGGAAUUGUUUUGAUAGGUUCUAGGUCUUCAGAAUACUCUGAGCUGGCAUAUGAUUUUAGAAUCUUCAGCCCCAGGAGGUCUUUAUGUACAGGCCAUGUCUGUGUAGGAGGCUUUCAGUCUGCAGCUUGUUAAAGGACGUCAAUAAAAGACAACAGGAUGUGUAGGAAGGGGAGCUAUUUUAUACCAUGAUGUGCCUCUACCAGGGCGUUUCAGGCCUUCAGCCAUUGCAACGAAGAUUCUUCAUCACUUCAUCUGUGCCACUAAAAACUCUAAUUAUUUCUCUCGGCUUCCUCUGAGUAAAAUCAGUGUAGAAUGCCGAGUCAGACACAAUGCCCCACGAGAGGAUCUUGAUCAAGACCUUCUGUUCUGUUGAGUUCUGCAUACAGUGUUUGGUUGUUAACAUCAUUAACUACUUGUAGAUUUAAUUUCUGACCAAGGCUUUAUAAAGAGCCUGGUGCUAAACUUUAAACAAGCUGGUGUCUUAAGAAAAAUAGAAAUGCCAGUGAUUGCUAGUUUUAGAUAUAUAACUGCUUGUAACUCUGAUGAGUAAAGCAUGAAGUACUAUACAAGACUUGUGUUACCAAAAUAAUUAUAAAAUGAGGUU